AUGAGGCUCGACUACGCUCCUGUCCUCGCCUUUAUCGCCAUAGCCUCAUGGAGAGCUGCCGUUAGCGCGGCUUUCGUCGACCAGAAUGCGACCCGUCAUGCUCUCUUGAAGCGUGAUAGUCCGUUCGUUGCAGCGGAGAACAGUUGGACUGAGAACAAGAUGUUCCGCCAACACUUCGAAAUGAAGGGCCUGGGCUGCGGCUCCGUGACAUUCGCAUUCGACGGCUGGCCUGGCACGCCCAGUGACAAAAAGAUGAACAUCCAGUGCUGGGCUGGCGGCAAGUGGGACUGGCAGUUCGAUGUGACGUAUGACAAUCAAGGCCAUGAUAGUCAGUUGGUUUAA